AUGGCCAGAUCUGACGAUGAAGACCGUCGCGACCGCCAGCGAGGUUCAUUUACCUCGCCCUCAGCCAUAAAGCGCGAACGGCAGCGAGAUGCACCCCGAGACGACGAUUAUUCAAGCUCAAGACGACGUGACGACGACCGCCGAAGCUCCCGACGAGACAGCCCUCGACGGAGAUCCUCUCGCAGCCCCCGGCGCCAGCGCAGGGAACGAUCAACAAGCUCAGCGGGUGACCGGCGCAGACGUAGACAUUCUCGCAGUCCCCGACGGGAGCGCAGAGAACGGUCAACUAGCUCCGCAGCAGAAGACCGCCGCAGACACAGACAUCGCAGCCACCGACACCGUGACACUCACGGAGAUGAAGAACGAUCAUCUAAGAGACGCCCGCGAUCCCGUUCUCGCUCACCGCGACCAUCACGCAGCUCCCCACCGCGUGCAUUGCAACGCAGCGGCCCGCUGCCUUCACAAUCGGAUGCUUUUACCGAUGUGGCACAACCUGGAGAGGCACCUGCACCAGAGAAACAAAAGCCCAAUUUCAACUCUACCGGCAGGUUGGCGGCAGAAAGCAAUACAGUUCAAGUCCAAGGUGGAGAAGGAAUUGUUCUGAAAUACCAUGAGCCUCCAGAGGCACGCAAGCCACCAGCAAAGGAAGCUUGGCGUAUGUAUGUCUUCAAGGGAAAAGAUCUGCUUGAAACUGUGGAAUUAUUGGAACGCAGCUGCUGGCUAGUCGGCCGCGAGCGAUCCAUUGUGGAUUUCCCUCUUGACCACCCCAGUUGCUCGAAGCAGCAUGCUGUGCUCCAGUUCCGAUUUGUCGAAAAGAGGAAUGAAUUCGGUGACCGCAUCGGAAAGGUCAAGCCUUACCUCCUCGACCUUGAGAGCGCCAAUGGCUCUAGCGUCAACGGGGAAACCGUUCCAGCAGGUCGCUACGUGGAGGUCAUGGACAAGGACGUGAUUCGCUUUGGAUUGAGCUCCCGGGAAUACGUUCUGAUGCUACCCCCUAGCUGA